GCUUAACUCUGCUCAACUUUGCUCAACUCUGCUCAACUCUGCUCAACUCUGCUCAACUCUGCUCAACUCUGGGGACGUCCGAAGCCGUCAAGGCCGGGGUGUGGUUGCUGAAGGGUGACGCUACUAGCGGCAAAAGUAGCGCGAUCCCUAUCGAUAGGGAAACUCCAAAAAUUUCUUGACAGCUCGAAUGCGACACGCGACACGCGACACGCGAUAACGAAAACGACAACGACAACUCCACGGAUUCCGUAAUACCAUGGCGGUCGACAACUCCCUAGAGUCGCUCCUUGCGACACUCACGACUUCCAUACAGUCUGCCACCGAGGCCAUGCCCCAGGACGGCAUUCUACCGCCGAAAGAAGGCAUUUCGCUGCUCGACGUCAAGAACGAGCUCUUGCUCUCCUACCUCCAGAACCUCGUCUUCCUCAUACUCCUCAAACUGCGGGCACGGUCAUCUGGCGAAAGCGACCAACUCCACCCGCAAGAUGAGGUCGUGCAGAAGCUUGUCGAGCUCCGAAUCUACCUCGAAAAGGGCGUGCGACCACUCGAGAACCGGCUGAAGUACAACAUCGACAAGAUCAUCCGCAGCGCAGACGACGCAGCCCGCCGCACCGCGCAAGCGACCGCAAAGCCGAGAGCGAGAAAGUCCAGAAACGACACAGGAUCCGGCUCCGACGAGAGCGACGCCGAAUCCGCCGCCUCAGACCAGACCGCCGACUCGGAAGACGAGAUGUCCUACGCACCCAACAAAGCCGCUGUUCUCCGUGAAAAGCCAGAAGAGCCGUCCGCACGCGACCGUGAGUCCGCAAAGGACGGCAUCUACCGCCCACCCAGGAUCACACCCAUGGCCAUGCCCACAACCGAAGGCCGCGCCGAGCGCCGCGACCGCCGCCCCAACAAAUCCUCCACCCUUGACGAGUUCAUCGCGACCGAACUCUCCUCUGCGCCCAUCGCGGAGCCCUCAAUCGGCAGCACCAUCACGCACGGCGGACGACACACGAAAUCCGAAAAGGAGCGGCGGGAAGAGAACGAGAGGCGCGAGUACGAGGAGAGCAACUUCACGCGCCUGGCGCCCAAGAGUAAGAAGGAGCAGAGGAAGGCGGAUAGAGGCAGGACCGGUGGUUUUGGUGGCGAGGAGUGGAGAGGGUUGGGCGCGGGCAUUGACAGGAUCGAGAGGCUCACGCAGAAGAAGGGCGGGAGUGGACAGGGGAGUCUCGAGAAGAGCAGGAAGAGGCCGGUCGAGGAUGGGCCGAGGGGGAGCGGGAGUGCGGCGGGGGAUGUAUUUGAGAAGAGGAGGAAGAUUGUUGGGAGGUAUCGGAAGUAGGCUGGCGGAUCUGAGUAGUCUGAAUACCUCCAGGGUGGGGGUUGAAGUAGGAGACCACUGUGGCCGAAGUUGCUCUUUCCCUCACUACCCUCGUGGCGUCUCCUUCCUGCAUCAAGUCUCACUCGCCACAAACGCUUGAUUGCUCUCUGCGACACACCUCACUCACUCACCUCCCACAACCACUCUCGCUGCUGCUGCACUCGUCUUGCAUUCCCAUCAUGCACUCACUCCACUCCCUCGUUACUUCCCUCUCCUUGCUCUUCGCCUUAGCCAGGGG